CAGCGGAGAGACGGCGGCCGAGGGCUGUGGGGCUGAGCCUCUCCAGCGCUGUCUGGGCUGCUGCCCUGCAACAAGAUGGCGGCGCUCGCUGGUUGCUGAGGGGCGUCGGAGGAAUUUGCUUUGGGAAACCUGCUACAGUUUCAAGGAGUUGAUUUUUCUCCCUAUGAUGGCUGUGGUACAUCGGCUGACAACGGGGUGGCUCCUGGACCAUCUGUCUUUCAUCAACCAGUGUGGCUAUGAGAUGUGUGACUCCUUUGCAUACCCUGGUGAUGUCGCCAUCAACACUUCUGUCAGUUCUACUAACGAUCAUCCUACAUUUGUUACCACCUCUUCACGUGAUGGUCCCGGUGAUGCUUUAGAAACACAAGGUAAAAGAGCAAGAACAAGAUAUGUGUUUCGGGAAGAAUUCUUUCACAUUUCUAAGGCUCAUAUAGCUGCAGCUCCUGAGGAGCAGCUGUUGCAGGGAAGCCCUGAGUUGAGUCUCACAGAAAUGAAGGCCAGUAGCAGUGCAGAGGAGCGCCAUGAAGAAACCAAGAGUGGAGUCAGGGAUUCUGGUACUAAGAAGAAGCGUAAAAGAAAAUGCAUAUUCAACCAAGGUGAACUGGAUGCUUUAGAAUACCAUACCAAGGUCAGAAAAUUCAUUUGGGAAGGCACUUUGCAUUUAGUCCAAGAGGGACUCAAAAGCGGUUUUCUUCAUUGUGCUGCAGCAGCGCCCAGUUCUGGGAAGAAUGUUGUUCCUGGACGCAUUGACUGUGGGCUGGCUGAAUUAUGUGAAAUGGCAAAGCAACUUCCAGCUGUAAAUGAUGGUGACCAUCAAGCUGUGAACGUGCUAGGUGAUGAAACAACUAUUCCAGAGCAGGAUCUACUUUCAUGUGUUACAGAGAACAACUCAAACUGUGCAAAGAUAGUCGUAUUAAUGGGACAGAAGUAUUUAGUGCCACCAAAGAGCAGUUUCCUUUUAUCUGAUAUUUCAUGUUUACAACCCCUGCUGAACUACAAGAAAAAAUAUGAUGUAAUUGUGAUCGAUCCACCAUGGGAAAACAAAUCUGUUAAAAGGAGUAACAGAUACAGCUACUUGUCUUCAUGGCAAAUCAAGCAGAUUCCUAUAUCAGCACUAGCUGCUCCUGAUUGUCUUGUUGUGACGUGGGUGACUAACAAACAGAAGCAUUUACGUUUUGUUAAGGAUGAACUUUAUCCUCAUUGGUCUGUGAAAACACUUGCUGAGUGGCACUGGGUAAAAAUUACUAGAUACGGAGAAUUUGUAUUGCCUUUGGAUUCUGUCCACAAAAAGCCCUAUGAAGUUCUUAUACUGGGGAGAGUUCAAGGAAACAUAAAGGAAGCCCUAAGGAAAUCUGAAGAUGUCCUUCCAGUUCCAGAACAUAAGUUAAUUGUCAGCAUACCCUGCAGUCUACAUUCACAUAAGCCCCCCCUCGCUGCGGUGCUGGCAGAGUUUAUCAAGCCAGAUGUGGAGUGCUUGGAGUUGUUUGCUCGCAACCUGCAGCCUGGCUGGACCAGCUGGGGAAAUGAGGUUCUGAAGUUUCAGCACAUUGAUUAUUUCACUCUUCUGCAAAACGAAACCUGACUUUGUUCUUGUAGCUUAAUUCUGAAAUUUGUCCCUCUUAGCAAGCUCUGGAGCUUGCUUUUCAUUUGGUUGGUGCGUUCAGAAGGUAACAGAAGUGAAACCAACUGUACUUUCAGGUGCAAUUCUUGCAGUGACAAGCGUAUCUGUUUGAUAGCAUCUGUAUCUAUACAAGCUGCUCCUCCUCUUUUUAAGAUCUUGGAAUAGCUGAAGACUCAUGUUAGUGGGCAAGUACAUCCCUGUUUCUUUUUUUUUUCCAUUUUUUUUUAAUUUCAGGAAAAGAAGUAUAUUCUCAUUAAAGCUAUCCUAAAUGUAAGCAUUGUGAGUACUCCAGUCAUAACACUUGUAAUGUGUUAUUUUUACAGUGAUCAGGUAUUAUUUUUAAAAAGGGGCAAGCAGACUACAUAGGUUUGCAUUACAAAUAUUUCCAGAAAGAUGAUUGGCCUUUGCAAAACGGUGGAUUUGAAAAUAAAGUAAUCAUGAAAGCAGUAUUUUCUCCUGCAUAUUUACACCUGCUUGUCUACCUCAUAGGUGUGUAAGUUGUUGAUUGGGCACAUUCUGCUAAAACACUCAACAAUUACAUCUUUCUGUGUAUAGUGUUAAUUCUUAGGAUGCAUUGUAAAUCAUAGUAUCAUAGUCUCGUGCAGGUUGGAAGGGACCUUAGAGAUUCAUCGAGUCCAACCCCCUGGGAUUCGAGCCUCCUGUGUAGCAGAGCGGCACUUUCUAGAUGUUAAGCUGUUGAACUAAAGUGACUUAACUGAAAUUUUAACAAAAUUUAAGUAUUUUUAAAUUCUCUUUCCUAAUAUUCUUGAACAGGUGAAAGGUGCAUUACAUUUUUCCGCUUAACUGAAGAUCAUAUUUUUUUAGUAAUAGUACAUUUUGUGUCCUUCGCUGCACAUUGACGUGCUUUGAAAAGGAAAAAUUAAAAGGUAGAGCUUCAUUAAGUCUCUUUCCUCAUUUGCAGCUGUACAUGCAGAGCAACUGGACAAUCUGUUUUUCCUGACAGCAAACUCCUGUGUUCUCUUUAGAAUAGGGAACAAAAUACUCUGCACCCUUCUUUUUAUAUAUAUAUAUAUUUACAUUUAUUUCACUUUUGGUAAUGUCUGCUGUUAAGAUUUUAAGUUUAAACUUCACAUCUAAGUUUUUUUUAAAUUAAUUUUGUAAUAAAAAAGAAAAGAAAAA